CGAACUACUACCUUCGUUCGCUUUUGCAAAAGCAACCAUUCUCUCGUUUCAGAUAGAAAUAUUAAUGAUUUAUAGACAAUUUAUAGACAAUUGAAGUUUAUGAAAGUGCACAUGCUUUAUUGAGGGUUCUAAACUAAAGAAUAAUCGACUCGGGUUAAACUGCCAAAAUAGACUAUAUAAUGGCAGGUUUUGGCAGCUGGAAUAUACCUGAAUCCAAUGAAAAUGACUCUCUCACAUUGGAUAAUCUAAAAAUUGAAAACUUAAAAAAUGAACUAAUCCUUCGCGGAGAUUUGAAUUUGGAUCAAAAUAAUGACCAAAACGUAAAUACUGAGGCGAUGCCAAUUCAAGUCCUUUCUUUAUUUAGCGCUGUUAAUUCAGCGCUUACUAAUGUGGAAAAGACAGAAACAGGUUCUCGUCAUGUACAAGCAAAACUCGAAGAUGACCCAAAGGGUCACUUUUUUAACAGCCUUUCACAUAUUCAGAUGAAUGAGCAAAGCAGAAAACGAAAAAAUAUGGAAGAUGAAAAUGUUUCAGAAAACUCUAUAAACGACCUCAUUAGCAAAAAUAUCGAGUUGCUCUGCCAAAACAACCUAAAUCAAGGAGCUGACCUUUGGUUGAAUGAUGCUAGCAAGGGAAUGAAAGAUGGAAGAAGCCAAAUGAUAAAAAUCUCAUGUAGACAUGCCUCCGUCAUCCAAAAAUCGUAUGGUUCUGAAAAGAGAUUUCUUUGCCCUCCUCCCGUCCUCAUGAUAGAUGGUCCAUUUCAAUCUUUGCUUGGCUUAUCCUUUCGAGUUGAGAUCUCUAUUAUGAAUGAAGAAGGCCAGUAUUCACAGGCAAUCAGUGAAAUAUACAAUAAUCAACAGUGUAUGGUUUUUCGAUCUUUGCAUGUAUCUAGUCUAGCAGCUGCAAAGUCGAAAAUCUUAAGGCUUUCCAUCGAUUUUGUUUCGACAGUUACGGACCAAAGAGUAUCGCAUUUGGUGACUUCCCCUAUUGACGUUGUAUCAAAGCCGGCCAAAAAAGGCACAAAAUCUAAGGUGAGUCAUAUAACACUGCGUUCCGGGUCCGUCAUAAGUCUUUACAACCGAAUAAAUUCGCAAACGGUUCGCACAAAAUAUACAACAUUAGAAAAUCGGCAAUUUUGCCUAAGGAGUGAUGGCUGGGCACCCUUACGUAUUCAUCUAAUUUCUUCAUCACCCGAGAGCACCACAGAAGGGAUCUUGAAUAAUUCUGUAGAAGCGGUUCCAAUUAGGUAUGGUUCUGUUAUCCAACUACAAGAUGAAUUUUCAGAAAUUAUGAGUGACCCUUUAAUUAUCCGCCGAGUAGAAAAAGACGGGAUUGCUCAAGAUGAUGGAUACGUGAAUCAAAUGCACCGCAUAGUUUUAGAAAGCUCAGCUUCAUUUUCAACAAAUUUAGCACUUGGAUAUGAAAACGCCAGAAGUGGGUUUAUGCCGGCUGAUCGCACACAACCUCGAUGGUUUUUGGGUGCAACUUCCGCUCAAUGUAAGAACUUACCUAAUGAAGCAGUUGUACCAGUUGAAUGGGAACCAAUAGAGACUUAUAAUGAUGAAGUAUUAAAAAUCCGUGAUUCUGUUUGUUGGACUAUCGUUGGAAUUUCCCAAUGUGAUUGUACAAUUCUAAGACCAGUACAAAGUCAGUUUGCUCUUCGACAUUUAGAUUUACCAUGCGUGGAAGCCCCGCCUAUUUAUUUGCCAAGCAAUCAGUCAUUAGAGUUAAGUAUAGAAGGGUUUUCUCCGGACAUACAGAUAUGGCUAGGCAAUAUAGGGCCCUUGAAUUACACGAAAAUAGAGAAAGCAGAAAAAAGCUUAUCUAGGAGUGUCACAAUUCUGGUUAGUUUGAUCCAGCUUUCUACGGAAGCUAUCACCUGCGAAACACUUCCCCUGUUAUUUGUUUUUCCAGACGGCACCAUUGUAUCGGGACGAUGCGACAUAAGCCUGUCUCCAUGGCUUUCCCUUGGGAAGUGAAGUUUAUAGUUAACCACUCGAACCUCCUUCCGACAUUCUUUUCCGUCUUUUAUGUUUUAAUAUUUAUUCUCGUUCUUUGAAUAUUGUAGAUUUUCAGUUAGGUGAUUCAUAGUUUUUGAAGAAAAUAUGAGUCUUUUUUUUAUUUAUCUCAUCCAUUGAAUAUACUCUCAGCAUGCAAAGCAAUGAUAGU